CGCUAUCGGGGGCGUGGCAGGCUUCCUUCCCGUGUGUGUCCCCCCCCCGCGCAGCUAAGCCCGAGGGUGCGCCCGUGCUCCACCGCCCGCCGCCAUGGUACUGGAGUCGGUGGUGGCGGACCUGCUCAACCGCUUCCUGGGCGACUACGUGGAGAACCUCAACAAGUCUCAGCUCAAGCUGGGCAUCUGGGGGGGUAAUGUGGCACUUGAUAACUUGCAGAUAAAAGAGAAUGCACUGAGUGAACUGGAUGUGCCUUUUAAAGUAAAGGUUGGGCAAAUAGAUAAGCUUACUCUGAAGAUUCCUUGGAAGAAUCUGUAUGGCGAGGCAGUGGUUGCAACUCUAGAAGGCUUAUAUCUGCUCAUUGUUCCUGGAGCAAGCAUUAAAUACGAUGUGGAGAAGGAAGAAAAAUAUUUGCAGGAUAAUAAGCAAAAAGAGCUAUCAAGAAUUGAAGAAGCUCUGCAAAAAUCAGCAGAAAAAGGCACUCCUUCAGGAGACACCAUAUAUGGCUUGGAGAGCUUUGUUUGCAAGGAUAACAAGUCUGGACGUAAGCGUAAAAAGCAUAAAAAGCGUUUUAAGAAACCCUUUAAAAGUCAUGAUCACUCAAAAGAUAAGCCAAAGGCAGAGAAAAAAGAUACGUUCUUAGAAAAGCUGGCAACUCAAGUUGUAAAAAAUGUACAAGUCAAAAUCACAGGCAUUCAUAUUAGAUAUGAGGAUGAUAUCACAGAUCCCCUUUGGCCACUUUCUUUGGGAGUGACAUUGAGUGAACUUAGUUUACUGACAGCUAAUGAAAACUGGACACCUUCCAUUUUAAAUGAAGCUGCAAAAAUCAUAUACAAGCUCCUGCGUCUUGAUUGCCUCAGUGCUUACUGGAAUGUGGGUAGCGAGAUGUAUUAUCAUGGCUCCCGUGAACAAAUACUGGAUCGGCUGAAAAGAGGAGUUCCUUCUAGCAACAAUCAACCUCAAAACUGCCAGUAUAUUUUUAGGCCAGUAUCAGCCUCUGCAAAACUGUACAUCAAUCCGCAUGCAGAAACUGAAUUAAAAACUCCAAAGCUUGAUUGGAAUAUAGAAGUACAGAAUAUUGCCGUUGAACUCACUAAGCCACAGUACCUCAGUAUGAUUGACCUUCUGGAGUCCAUAGAUUACAUGGUUCGAAAUGUACCAUACAGAAAAUACAGACCAGAUGUACCUCUACAUAAAAAUGCCAAACAGUGGUGGAAAUAUGCAGCUAAGAGCAUUCUUGAAGUUCAUAUCAGAAGAUGCACUCACUUGUGGUCAUUGGAGCAACAUGAAACAUCACAGGCAGCUUUUGAAGAGUUACAAAAAUAUGUACAAGAACCAAACUAACUCAGAGCAAAUUAUCAGAAGAAACACAACGACAAAUUAAGGAUCUAGAAAGAGCACUGGACGUUUUCAACAUCAUUUUAGCAAGACAGCAAGCACAAGUUGAG